UCUCUUUAUUGUAGUAGUUUUUGUAGCUAUUGUUUGUUCAUUUCAUUCUGUUGUUUAUUGUGUUCUUCUUUCACUGCUUGCAGUAGGUUGAUGUUUCUGUGUUGGAUAUGUUGUGUUGGUGAUUGUUCAGUUCUUUUGCUUGUGCUUCAGAAUUGUGGGUUGCGUUUACCCCUAUUUGUCAUGUGUUGUGAUGCGUUUGUCUUGUUUUCAGAUAUACCUCUCGAAUUGUCAAUCAAGAGCCUUUGUAGAAUGGAUGAGAAGGAAGAGUUGGUUGUAGGGUUUCAGCUUGAGGGGGAUGCAACGUCUUCCACUCUUAUGCAAGGUUUCUUUGAUGUGGCUACAUCCAUGGAGGACGAGAUGGUGGUUUUGUUUGUUUUGGACUUGGACGACGACAGCUGUUCUGCAUUUUGGUUUGGUGGCAGGGAGGGAUCCUUUUGGUUUCGUUGGGUGUAAGUAAUGGUUUCAAAGUGGCUCAUUUGGUGAUCGUUUUGGCUUUGAUCUUGUCAUUUCGAAUUCUUUCGGGGUUUGACUUUGUUUUUUGUUUGCAUUGUAGACAAAUUUCCUUGUAAAUUUGUAGAUCUUUAUUUCUCUCUUUUUCAGACAAGAUCUAAUCGCCAAAAACAAAGGAAAGGAACCCAACCGCCCUCACAAUACACACAAGAAACCAAGACUUGUUUUAUUUAAUGGGGUCACAAUUAAGUAAGGGAAACAUAUAAUACGAAUUUGUUCCACUGCUUACUCCAUCUUCUGUUUAGAAAAAACUUGUUUGAUAUUUGGUUAGUUGAUUACCGAGUUAAGUUUGAGAUAAGCUUUAUUCGGCUAAUAAGACUCGUGAGCCAGCUCGAGUUGGUGGGCUGUUGAGUUUAAUUCGGGAGCUAGCUUGUUUUGAACUAUCAGCAGACUCGAUAGUAUGGCAAGCGACCUACCUCAAGUAGCCAUUUAUGAGCAAAUCGAUUAAUAACACAUCAUUGACUUGUUGAUAAUUCAUAUACUUGUUAUAUUAUAUAUCUCACUUCAUAUGAUGUUUAAGAAUUAGAGCACGUGAUCAAAUGUCUCAUUUGUAAUUUAAAAGAUAAAUUAUGUAACGUAGAUUGCUCGAGCGCCGCUCGUGAGCUCGUUAAUGAGCCGAGCUCAAGUCAAAGUGUCAAACACAAAUAAUGGUUUUAGUAAACUAACUGAGCUCAAACUCGACUCGUUUAUUAACGAGUCGAGCCCAAGCAAGGUCAAAACUCGAUUUCACUCUACUCAUUUAAGUUCUAGUUGUUCAUAAAGACCUUGUAAGUAUAUUAAGUAUGCUCAUAUCAUGACAAAACAACUCUUUUAAUUUUUUGAUUUUAUUGUUUACAACUAACCUAUUUUCUUUUUUAUAUGAUCUUAUCUGCAAAGAUUUUGUAUAUUUCUUAUUUAGUUGUUUUCCUUGAAAAUAUGUUAAAAAAAUUCAAUUACUAUGAUAAUAUCCACAUACCACAAUUGACAAUUCCACAUCCGUCCAUCCAAUCCAACAUCAACUACUACUGCAACUGGAGCAACAACCGCCGCCUGCAACUCCAUUCCUAAAUUUUCCGAACUCCCCUCACAACAGAGUCCCAAAUCCAACGUCAACACGACAGUCAGACGGAAAAAGUCUCUUCCUUCAUCCUCCAAACCUACCUUCUUCAGGUUAGCUUCUUAGUCUUUGCGUUCCUUUCUUUUCCCAUCUUCCGUUCUGUUCUGUACUGGGGUUUCCAGUUUUAGCCCUUCUCUGCCGCAAUGGGCGAUGAUGGCUGCUUCACGCGAAACCAAGCUUGCUUCUUCUAUUGCCUUCUUGCUAGCUCUUAGUAUUUUCCAUUGCGUUUCGAUUCUACUGCUGUUAUCCAAAUGCCCAACCGAUAUUGCCGCCGAAUUACUCAACCAGGCAGUUCAAAACAACAUCCACAUAAUUCCUCCCCUGCCAAUUCCGCCGCAAAAAGUCCCUGUCAUUUCUUCCAUCGAAUUGCCGAAAAACUAGCGCCGAGGUCGGGUUUUCUCUCCCCGCCAGGUGUUAUUCUGCCGGCCUGGUCUUGGAAGCCCGGCUGAUAUCCAGCUACCAAUCGUCUUCCUCUGUCACUGAGUUCUAGGGUUUCUUUUUUCCUUUCAUGAUACCAAGUUCUUCAUUUCCUUGCUGAAUUCUGAUUCCGUUCUUGUAAUCUUAUUGUGAUGGAUCAGAUGCAGAAGCAUUUGCCUAACAAGGUUGAAGAUGAGCAGCGCUCUGCUAAUUCUCCGCUUCAACCUGCCGCAGACCUCCAUCUGGAGGUGCAAGACGUUGAUCUCCAUUCCAACUCUACUGUAGAAGUAAAGGAAGUAGCAAAGCCGGCAUUUUGCUCUGCGCCCUCUGUUGCCACUUCUCAACCUAGCUGUGUGGUGGUGGUAGUUAAUGAGGAGGAUGAGUCGCCUUUGCCCUCUGCUCCGGAGCCUCCCACGAAGCCCUCUCUCUCUAGGGAUCCAAGUUCUCAUGAACAGUGCAGAGUGUGUCAGCAAGAGAAGGAAGAAGUUCUCAUUGAUUUGGGGUGCAAAUGUAAAGGGGGGCUUGCUAAAUCCCACCGUUCAUGCAUCGAUGCUUGGUUCCGGACGAGGGGAUCAAAUAAGUGCGAGAUAUGCCAAGAUAUUGCAGUCAAUGUGCCCCCUCCAGAAUCUCAACCAAGUCAGACAAACUACUGGGUGUGGAGACUUGAUCCAAGUCACAGACCUCGAGACAGGGAAAGGGGUUGUUUUAGUCCUCUUUGGGUGGCAUUCUCGAUUCUUAUCGGUGGCCUCUUGUUGGACGUGCUGAUCUCCAUCACUCUUGGAGUUUCUGCUCUACCUGUCAACGUAAUAAUUGGAGUGAUUGUUCUGCUUGGACUUGGAACAGCACUUCGGUUGGCUCUGGAAUUCUGCCAUGAAUGGAGUUUCAGGAGAGCAGUUCACAGGGUUGAUGCGAAUGUGAACCUCGGGUAUCAUCCCACAUUAUAGAGCACUUAGGCCCCUGUACAGAGAAGAAACACAGAACCAGAUGGACCGGCUGUUACAUCCUUUCCAGUGUAUAUAACUAUAUAUAGUUAGGGGAAACUGGCGUGCAUGCUAUCUGUUGUUUAUGCUUUGAGCACCACCACUACUCAUCCCGAAUCUGAGUGUGGCUGCUCCAGUGAAAGGCGAUGGUGGUCAACUGGGGAACAAGCCCUUGUAAAUGAUGAAACAGCCAAGAUUGUGAAGCUGGUCUUCUUUUCGCUAGGACAUUGAUUAUUACUUUCAAUAAACGGCCAGUUAGCAUUCUUUGUUCUCAAUGUUCAUUAUAGAACUCGUUUUCAUAGCAGAGAUGGAAUUAGGAAUACAGCAGGGUUGCUCAUUUGUUCAAUGUUCUUUUCCCUCUGAUAAGUUAAUAGAAUGUUUUUGGUAAUGUGCAUGCAUAACAACACUUUCACUGUGUGCUUGUUAGAAUUCUGGGUCUCAACUCUCAACCUCUAUAAUGUAACUUGAAACAGGUCUCUCAUGGAUGAAAGGGGAAGGUCCUGAAGAGCAAGCUGAAUUAAGGGCGGUUCGUUGUCUAUUUUUAGUAUGAAUGAGAGGUUUGUAUUGUUGUGGAGUAUAUGACUGACAUUAUGGCGGCUUAAGUUCGUUGUCUCAUUUGGAACUGGGGUCGGUGGCGCCUUGCACCAGUUGAAACUCGGUUCUCGGAGAUAAAGAAAAAGGCAAAAGAAGUGGAAAAGGUACAGGUGACAUAAUCAGCAGAAUGCAUCUGAUAAAGAAAAGUAAACUGUGGUCUUCUGAUUAGUGAAAUUGGCUUUGGUUAUACCUAUUUUCUCUUCUCAGUUAUCCAUGUAAAAAAAAAGAAUAGAACGUCUGGGUUUAGUUAGUAGGACGUGGCUGCCACGUUGGAGAGUCCAGUAGGAAACAAACAAGAAAGAGUAGACAAGUCUGCGGCUAAACCGGAAGGCGGAGGCCGCAAAUAAGAUACAGAAAGAAAC